GCUGCUUUCGCUUCCUCCUCCAACCUUGGCACCCGGUGCUGCCGCUCGCCAUGGACCGGAACCCUUCGCCUCCAUGGAGGGGUUUGGAAGCUGAGGCCGAGGCCGAGGCCGCGGCCGCGGCGGGAGACUCCAUCGGGGCCACGAUGUACAGCAAACACUGGCUCUUCGGCGUCCUCGGCAGCCUCAUCCAGCUUAUUAAUCCGGAGAAAGACAAGUCUAGGGCAAAUAAUGAAGAGGAACAACUGACGGAACUGGAUGAAGAAAUGGAGGAUGAAAUUUGCAGAGUGUGGGACAUGUCAAUGGAUGAGGACGUAGCUUUAUUUCUCCAUGAAUUUAAUGCCCCAGAUAUAUUUAUGGGAGUUUUGGCCAAGUCCAAAUGUCCUCGACUAAUGGAAAUUUGUGUGGGAAUUUUGGGCAAUAUGGCCUGUUUCCAGGAAAUCUGCGUGUCUAUCAGUAAUGAUAAAAAUAUUGGACAGACAUUGUUGCACUGCUUGUUUGAUUUGGAUCCUCCUACUCUGCUGGAGAUAAGCAGGUUAUUGUUAACAUGCCUUUCCCAGCCACAAGUUGCCAAUAUUUGGAUUGAAAGGAUACAGGAAAAUCCAGCUGUCUAUGAUAGGAUUUGUUUCAUCAUGUCAAGCUCAACAAAUGUUGACUUGCUGGUGAAAGUGGGUGAAGUGGUUGAUAAGCUCUUCGACUUAGAUGAGAAGCUAAUGGUGGAAUGGGUCAGAAAUGGCUCUGCUCAGGCCCUAGACCCGUCCUCUGGGGAUUCUGUAGAGCAGCCACCGCUGAAGAUCGUCCCCUGUGUACUUGAAGCUGCUAAACAAAUCCGUUUUGAUAACCCAGUAGGACUGGAUGUUUAUAUGCACAUCUUACAGCUACUUACUACCGUGGAUGAUGGAAUUCAAGCAAUUGUUCAGCCUCCUGAUAUUGGAAGAGAUACUUGGAAUUUUCUUUCUGAUCUGGCCUGCCAUGACUUUUGUCAGCCUGAUGAUCCACCAGUCAUACUUCAGGAACAGAAAACAGUACUGGCCUCUGUCUUCUCAGUAUUAUCUGCAGUGUAUGCAUCACAGGCUGAACAGGACUAUAUAAAGAUGGAAAAAAAUCUGCCUCUAAUUGGUGGCUUGAUUCGGGUCUUGCACAACAUGGAGGACUGUCAGAAAAAAUCAGUGAACUUAGCAGAUUCCAGUACAGAAGAAACUGAAAAGCCUGACAUAAGCAAGGAGGAUUUCCACCUGCAAGUCUUGAAGGAUGUUUCAUGUGAAUUACUUUCUAAUAUUUUUCAGCAAUUGACAAAGGUACUGAAAGAUCCUUUUAUGUUGACUGUUCAGGAAAAUAUCAUUCAGGCUCUAAAGGAGGACCAUUUAAACAAGGAGAAGUGUUUCUGUGCAUUUAAAAACCUUCUUCCUCUAUACCACUCUGUGGUAAAAGGUUUCCUUCAUAUCCUGUGUGAAGCUGACAAGGCUCUUGGAGAAGAUCUGGUUAAGGAUUUCCCAAGUUUGAAGGCACAGAACUAAGACUAAAACAGAACAGUCCUUUGUUAAGAAAAAGACUUUCUUCCCUGGUUAAUGGAUGUGAUGGCCUCUAGCCUCCAGUAAACCUUGCUGACCUCAUGGAACUUGUAAGGGACAGCAGAGGGAGAUGACUUGUGGAGGAGUGGUAGGGAACCCCUGUGGACUGUGACUGCCUGGACUGUGACUGCCCUAACUCCCCUCUCCUUUGUGUGUUGUGGUUACGAGUAUAAACCUGCCAUUUGACUGUGUUGCUUUGUCUGCUUCACUGGGAGUAAAUCAUGCUAGUAUUUAAGGUGUCAACAGGGAAUGCUUAACUGAACCUGAAUUUGAUGCCAGAAUUUCAUAUGCAAGUAGGUGUUAGACAUUAGCCAUUUAAAAAUGGCUUUGUUUAUGGUAAUGAUGUGAAUAAUCAGGGUCUUUAAAUAUCUGAGAAGAGGAGGUAAAACCCACUAGAGUUGGAUGUUAGACUGGGUUUGUUGACAGGGACAACAUUUAAUAGUAUUGUGCAUGGGAAAGUAGAAAUGCUGUGGGGCAGCUAGGUGACACAAUGGAUAAAGCACUGGCCCUGGAUUCAGGAGGACCUGAGUUCAAAUCUGGCCUCAGACACUUGACACUUACUAGCUGUGUGACCCUGGGCAAGUCACUUAACCCUCAUUGCCCUGCUCCCCCCCCAAAAAAAAAAAGAAAAGAAAAGAAAUGCUGCCAUGCCUGUAUGACCACAAUUACAUAUGGAAAUCUCCCUUUGCAACUUAAGUUCAAUGGCAGGUCAUAAAAUAAUUGGUUUCAAAUCACUGAGGUUUUUUUUUUUUUUUUUAGGUGAGGCAGUUGGGGUAAGUGACUUUCCCAGGGUCACACAGCUAGUAAGUGUCAAGUGACUGAUGCCGGAUUUGAACUCAGGUCCUCCUGAAUGCAGGGUGGGUGCUUUAUCCACUGCAUCACCUAGCUGCCCCCACUGAGUUGUUUUGAGUGACAGUUUAUUCCUCUAAUCUCUUCUGAUUGAGGUACUAUGUAGCUCAGGAUUCUUUUCUCUUCUCAGACUUUGACAAUACUCCCAGUGUUAUUUGUCCAUUGUGACCAGUUAUGCUGGACUGGAAUGUCAGAAUUAUUCUAUCUUUGGCUUCUGUUAUUUCCACAAACUUAAAUGGACAAGUUUGGUUUUUGUUCAUUGUAGACUCCAAAGCCAUGUUCAGAAGACUUUGGUAGUAUUUUCCCUAUUUAUGCCAUGACUUUUUUGGCUUAUAAAUGCUAAUUUAGAUAUUUUGCCUUUCAUGACAGAGUUUUCCCACCCAGAAAAUGAAAAGGUGCUCGAGUUAGCCAUGUGCAAGUAUAGAGUUAAUUUCUUUAGUGUUAAAGUGCCAUUGUAUACAUGCUUUUGCAUAGUUUCUGGAUCUCUCUACUUUUUGCAAGGACAUUUAUAUAGAAAAUUACUCAUGCUAGCAAGUGAAGCCACAACUGGUAGAUUUCUUUUGUAUUUUUGUUCAUGGCAUUGGUGCUGACUUUAGUAUAAUGGAGCAAGUGGUUGAAAUAACCCCAUACAAUCAGAGAAAAUAAGCCAUGCCUCACAACCAAAUACAUGCACAGAUCGUGCAUUUCAGGCUGGUGCUAGAAAUUCUCCUGUUAGAUAUUAAUAUUUUUACCUGUGAACUAUUAAAAGAUUCCUUGGAAGGGUAACACUUAUCAGACCUUAGUGUAAAAGAAUUGCAGAUCUUAUCAUGAGAACAAGUUUUAAUUGGGGUGAGAAACUUUUAACAUAAACACUCUGAGCACCUAGGGGAAAGAGGACACCCCUGAUGGUUUGAUCCCAAAGGUGGAUGGGAACAGUGGAGUUCUUUACUUUGUAGUUUCACUCAAUUUUUACACUGUCUUGUGUACCAUCUUUUUCACUGUUCAAAGAUGAGGACUUAUAUUGCUCUACAUAUAUUUUUAUAUA